CAUUCAGUCGAUCAGUCGUUCAGACAGUCGGUCGCCGUCCACGCGUUCGCCUCAUAUUGUCGUUUCGACAUCGUCGCAUCGCGAUACAAUAAUACAUUAUUGUAUAAACCGUACGACACACACACACAGGCAUUAUAGACGGACGAAAUUAAAAUCAUACAAGUUAUUGUUAUAAUCGUCGCCGUCGUCGUACUGCGCUCGUGUCGCGUGUACAGAGGUAUUCUCUCUCCGCGAGUACCUACUGAAGUGUUGGCGCGCGCCCGUGUGUGUGUGUUUGUGUCUGUGUGUAAGCGUGUCCGCUCGCGUGUUCCGCCGUCGCAGUCGACCGCGUAUAUGAGUACGCUCGUCGCGUCCUGUUGUACGAGCACGUCUGUCGUGCUGCGCGCGUCGUCCGUACCGCUUGUCGCCGUCCGCGUGCGUAUCCUCCGCUUGACCUACAAUCCGCGUCCCGACAACGCACCGCCGCCGCCGCCGAGCACAUCGAUAUCUCUCGUCCGCGAUCGAUACGCGCAUCCACCGCCGUCGUAGAGAACAAAAAAAAAUCCGUCGACAUCGCAGCUGGACUUUCCUCUUCCAAUAAAAUAAUAAUAUUGUCACCGAAUAAUUGUCGGUACCCGCGCAGUGCGAAUCCGUCGUCGUCCACAAGAGGCACCGCAGACGGCGAUGACGCCCUGAAGAAGUCUUCGGAGUGUCACUGCCGCCCAAAGCACGGCGCAGGACGAAGGGCCCCGCUCGAGGUCCUUUUGAUCGUCGAUCGCAGCGACAGCGACAGCUACAACCGCAGCGGUUAGGCAGCGCGUUCACAGCGACAACGCCGACAUGGUGGCGUCCGCGGACCGCCGCGAGAGUUUCGGCGUGGACAGCAGCCUGUUCCACCACCGGAAAAGCAAGACCGGUACCAACAAGCAGGGCAAGGACGCCAACAAGGGCAAGCAGUCGUCCGACGUGGCCGUGUACACGAUAUCAGUGGUCGGCGGCUAUGAGAACCAGGGCUUCAAGCGGGAUGACCAGUCCGGCGACGGGGGCCUCGCCAAGCCGCCGCUCGGCAGCAUGGCCGACGGCGACGGCGACGACGACCAGUCCAAGGGCAAGUUCAAGAUGUCGCCCAAGGAGAAGUGGCGGAUCCUGAAGAACGUGUCCACCAUCAGCCUGGCGUUCAUGGUCCAGUUCACCGCGUUCCAGGGCACGGCCAACCUGCAGAGUUCGAUCAACGCCCGCGAGGGCCUGGGCACCGUGUCCCUGUCCGCCAUCUACGCGGCGCUGGUGCUCAGCUGCAUAUUCGUGCCCACGUUCCUCAUCAAGCGGCUGACCGUCAAGUGGACGCUGUGCCUGUCCAUGCUGUGCUACAUACCGUACAUCGGCGCCCAAUUUUACCCGCGGUUUUACACGCUGGUGCCGGCCGGCGUGCUCGUGGGCCUGGGCGCCGCGCCCAUGUGGGCCGCUAAGGCCACGUACCUCACGCAGACCGGGGCCGUGUACGCCAAGCUCACCGACCAACAGGUGGACGGUAUCGUCGUCCGGUUCUUCGGGUUCUUCUUCCUGGCUUGGCAGACGGCCGAGCUUUGGGGCAACCUCAUCUCUUCUUUGGUAUUGUCUAGCGGUGCCCACGGUGGCGGAAGUGGCGACAACAGCACGAUGUUAUCCGAAGAGGAAUUGCGAUUGUGCGGUUCAAAUUUUUGCGUGAUGGGCAAUCACGCCAUCGACAACCUGGAGAGGCCGCCAGACUCGGAGAUAUUCGAGAUCAGCACCAUAUACCUCACGUGUAUCGUACUGGCCACCAUCAUAAUAGCCCUGUUCCUGGACCCACUUUCCAGAUACGGAGAGAAACAGAGGCGUGCCGAUAGCCAAGAACUUUCCGGUAUUCAACUGUUGUCGGCCACGGCUUAUCAGUUGAAAAAACCGUACCAACAACUCCUCAUACCGAUCACCAUUUGGAUUGGGAUGGAACAAGCUUUCAUCGGAGCCGAUUUCACGCAGGCGUACGUGUCCUGCGCCCUGGGCAUUCCAUCCGUCGGGUACGUGAUGAUAUGCUUUGGCGUGGUCAACGCAAUAUGUUCGCUGCUGUUCGGCACCAUAAUGAAAUACAUCGGGAGACUGCCGCUGAUGGCCCUGGGUUUCGUCGUUCACUCGAUACUCAUAUGGAUCCUGAUCGUAUGGCGGCCGCAUCCCAACAACCCCAAACUGUUCUUCACCAUAUCGGGACUGUGGGGCGUCGGCGACGCCGUCUGGCAGACUCAAAUGAGCGGCAUCUACGGGACGCUGUUCAGGCGCAACAAGGAGGCGGCGUUCAGUAACUAUCGGCUGUGGGAGUCUGCCGGCUUCGUGGUGGCGUACGCGUACAGCACCCACCUGUGCGCCCGGAAGAAGCUGUACGUCAUGGGCGUCGUGCUGUUUAUCGGGUUCGUCGGCUACAUAAUCGUCGAAAUCAGGCACAGCGUCAAGGCCAGGAGGCUCAAACGGCUGGCCGACGACCCCAAGUCGGAGCCGCUGCCCGACGAGACCGUCAACGAGACCGACGACGAGAAGGACGACAUCGACGACGAGAUCAUCGUGACGCAUUUAUGAGCAACGGACUUAAUCGGUGUGCUAUAUAUAGAAUAAACCAAGAUGCUCAGUUGCUAUGUUAUUAGAACGUCUUCAUCACUUUUAAAAUAUAUUUAUUUUUAUUAUAAAUUAUAUUUUGUAACGUAAAUACGUAUGGAAAUCUGUGUGAUGUAUUAAUUACACUAAUUACCAAUACUGUGUAAUUUAUUACUGCAUUUUGUACAUAGUAUUUAUACUGCAUCAUAAUUUGCAUAGAACAUAUGUAUCAGUAACAAAAAAAAUUGUACAUUACUUUUACAAUAUUUUUAGCAUUAUUAGUAUUAUUAUUAUUAUUAAUUGUCGACCUUUUUUUUUUUUUCGUAGAGAAAGUGAUCUAGUUUUAACAUAUUUAACUAUUACUAACUAUCCGUCAUAGAUGGUUUACGUUAGUUAUAUAUGAUAAUACGAGUUAAAUUAUUUAUACGCCUAGACCAUAAGUAGGUAUUUAAAAUAGGUAGGUAGGUACUGCGCGUAGUUAGUCAACUAUUUUAUU